ACAAGGACACCGAUGAGGAGAUGAAUCAGUGGAGGAGGAGAUGCAGAUCUGACAGGAGAUCAGAGAAGAUGCAGUCUGAUUGUGCCAAAAUGAAAGAGCGGCUCUCUACACUCCAGCAAAAAUGUCAGAAUGAGGAGGAGAAACUGCAGCUCAAGAAGACUCAGUUAAAGGAUGUUGAAUUAUCCCUCUCUGAACUUCAACAAAGGAGGAAGCAUACCUUGCAGGAGUUAGAGCAAGUGACAACAGAGACAGCAAAGAUGGAGAGGGAGAAGAGGAGGCUGGAAAUUGUUCUGAGAGACUAUAGAGCACAGAAGGACUCUAUAAGUUACAAGCUGCAGGACUUGAUGAGGCAGAAGAAAGCCAGUGCUGUUGAGUCUCGUGUGGUUAUGUCAGUGCUGGAGAGGGAGGAGAUGGACAGACAGCUGGACAUGGCCAAAACAGAACUAUUUGCUGAACAAAGACGUUCAAGAGAGAAGCUGGAGUCCAUGCAAGAGAAGCUGGAGGAGACUCGUGAGGAGCUGCAGAGAGCCACAGAGGCAGAGAGAUUAUUGAGGACCAGGUGUGCUUGUCUGGAGGAGGAACAGAGGCAGAAAAAGGAUCAGACAGAGGGUGAGCUUGGUGAAUGUAGAAUCAGAGUGGGAACUCUGGAGAAGAUGUUGGCUCAAAGGGAACUGCAGCUGCUGGAUUUAAAGGAGCAGCAUGGGGCCUUAAAAGAAGAAAGAAAUGGGCUGAAGGGGGAGCUACAGUACUUAGAAAGCAGACACAGUGAUGAACUGAAGGAGGCCAAAGAGCAGGUCCAAAGAAUGUCGGUCAGUAAGCAGAAAGAAGCAGAGUGGGCGAACACUUUGAAAGAGCAAGCUGCCUCUCUAACACGACAUAUUGAGUCUUUGAAAACUACAAUUAAGCUAAAAGAAGAGGAGGUGAGGAAGCUGAUAGAUUCUCUGGAGCAACAGAGGGAGGAGGCAAAGAAGCAGGAAGAGGAGCUGCGUGUGGAAGCCUCACAAAAGGAGCAUCAGGCACUAGAAGAGGCAAGGAGGAAAUGGGAGGUAGAAAAGGUGGAAGCUGUGCAAGAGCAAUGUGGCAUCCUGGAAGAGAAGAACAGAAAGAAACUGGAGAGCAUGAGGAGUGAGAUGCAGCGAGAGAGGAGUAAAACAUCUGCUCUUCAACAGAAAGUUCUGGAGCUAAAAACGAGGGUGCAGGAGUUGGAGAGUGAGAGCAGUGCACAGCAGAGAGAGCAGGAGUCUCUGCUGGCUGUAAUUUGUAAAUCACUGAAGGAGGAGCACCAGGCUGAGCUGCAGAAGAUACAGGAGCAGAUGGCAGAGGAGAGUCGGAGGGCAGCGCAGCGGCUAGAGCAGGCUGUGCAGCUGGCAGAGAAAGAGUCUGACAGGCUGCGGCUGAUGCUUAAAGACAAGGAGAGCAGCCAUCAUGAAAUCACAGCUGAGCUGGAUAAGCAGCUGAGGCAGUGUGCCCAGGAGCUCACAGUGGAGUGCCAACAUCUCCUCUUGUUGGUGGAGCAGAGUGGAGCCAAACAAAGUUCUGUGGAAAUCACUCUCAGUUUGACAGUAACUGAGGCUCUUACAAACCUGAGAAUGCUGAGGAAGCCAUUGAAGCAGACGAUUAGCCACCUACACCAGGAGCUUCAUAAACAGAAAGAAGCCACUGAGCAGCUGAGAAAAGCCAAGGAGAGAGAAUUGAGUAUACAGAGACAACAGCUGAGGAUGGAGCGAGACCAGGCCAUGGAUUCACUAAAGGAGCGUCUCAUUCAGGAGCACAUUGAGGAGUUAAGCAGUCUGAACCUGGCUCACAUGCAUGAUGGAGAAGCUGAGGGAGGAGCAGCAGCUUCUUUACGUAAACAGCUGAGAGCCAAAGACCUGGAGCUCCGACAGGUUCAGAGGAGCAUGGCUCAGUGGAAGGAGCAGACUGCAGCUCGUCUGGCAUGCAGGUUCGAGGAAGAGAUGACAUCUGAACUGGAAAGGUGCAAGAUAAAGUUGUUAAGGGGCAGGAAAACAUCAAGAAAUCAAGAGGAGAUGCAGAGAAAAUCUGGAAGACCUGACAGAGAUUUGAUGUCUUAUACUGAGGAGGCUCAUAUUUCAGUCCCCCCUCCCUCUGUCCACGUUGCUGCCCCCCACAGCUCCUCAGACGUGGGGUCGUUAAAGCUCCUCCGUUACCUCCAGAGCAAAGUGAAGCAGCUCCGAGUGGAGAAUCAGGUCUACACCUCUACUCCUACGUCUUCAAAUACAGUCCCUUUAGAUCUGUCAGGAUCCUAUCUUACAACAAUCACUCAAGAUAUAUCUGGGAUUCAGAGCCUCUCAUCGAUCAGGACAGCCUCCAGUUAAGGACUUGAAACCUCAUACUGUGCUUAUGGCACUCACCAGUGAUAUGUUCACUAAAUCUGAGUCAAAAGCAUGUCAAGCAGUUUUUUUUUGCAGUCAUAGAA